AUGAUUAAGCUUGAUCAUCUCCUCGUUGCAACGUUCGGGGUUCUCCUCGUCCUUAAUGGCUGUCUCGCAAGGCAGUCUCUAGGGGUUCCUCCUCAGCUGCGAAACGAGUGUAACCUCGAUAACUUAGACGUUCUCCAAGCCACCGAAACUAUCAAGAGUGAGGCUGGUCAAAUCGAAUACUGGGAUCACAACCACCCUCAAAUCCGAUGUGCUGGUGUCUCUGUCUCUCGUCUUGUAAUCGAGCAAGGCGGUCUUUACCUUCCUACCUUUUUUAGCUCCCCAAAAAUUUCCUACGUCGUUCAAGGUCCAUAUCUUUUCUCUCAAUCUAUAAAUUUUAUAGGAUGUGCCGAGACCUUCAUGGACUCGCAGCCUAUGCAAGGACAACAACAAGGACAGGGACAGCAAGGGCAACAGGGGCAGCAAGGGCAACAGGGACAGCAAGGGCAACAGCAGCAGCAAGGACAGCAAGGGUUCAGUGACAUGCACCAGAAGGUGGAACAUGUCCGACAUGGAGACGUCAUUGCCAUCACUCCAGGCUCUACCCAUUGGAUCUACAACACCGGAGACCAGCCACUUGUCAUCAUCUCCCUUCUCGACAUUUCCAACAACCAAAACCAACUUGACCGCAACCCAAGAGUAUUCCGUUUGGCCGGAAACAAUCCACAAGGCGGUUUUGGUGGUCCCCAGCAACAACAACCGCAACAGAACAUGUUGAACGGGUUUGACCCUCAGGUCCUAGCUCAGGCACUGAAGAUCGACGUUAGGUUGGCUCAGAAGCUUCAGAACAAACAAGACAACAGAGGAAACAUUGUUCAUGUUAGGGGACCUUUCCAGGUUGCUAGGCCACCUAUAAGACAGUCCUACGAGAGCGAGAAGUGGAGACACCCACGUGGCCCACCACAAAGCCCACAAGACAACGGCUUGGAGGAGACUAUCUGCAGCAUGAGGACGCACGAGAACAUUGACGACCCAGCCCGUGCUGACGUGUACAAGCCCAACCUCGGUCGUGUGACCAGUGUUAACAGCUUGACCUUGCCCAUCUUGCAGUUUGUCAGACUCAGUGCCACCCGUGGCAUUAUCCAAGGUAAUGCAAUGGUGCUUCCGAAAUACAACAUGAACGCGAACGAGAUCUUGUACUGCACUAGAGGACAAGCAAGGAUCCAAGUGGUGAACGACAACGGACAAAACGUGUUGGACCAACAGGUUCAAAAGGGACAGCUCGUGGUUAUCCCACAAGGAUUCGCAUACGUUGUCCAGUCUCAAAACAAUUUCGAAUGGAUUUCUUUCAAGACAAACGCUGACGCGAUGAUCAGCACUUUGGUUGGUCGAACAUCAGCGUUGAGGGCAUUGCCACUAGAGGUUCUAACAAAUGCUUACCAGAUAUCUCUCGAGGAAGCUAGAAGGAUCAAAUUCAACACGCUCGAGACCACCUUGACUCAUGCGCGCAGUGGGCAACAACAGUUGAUCGAUCAGAUAGUCGAGGCUUAA